AUGGCAGGGACACGCCGCGAGCUGCAGAACCUCCACAUCGAUGCCAAGCCUUCUCUCACCUCCGGUCAGAUCGCUCGCUCUAACGCGCAGACCUACAACUACAAAGGUAGCAGGUAUGAGUGUGAGGCUAAGGAGACCAACAAUGGAGCAGCCCAGCCGCUAAGCACAACGAAGCCCUCAAACUCGAGGCGGGCGCUCGAGGCCAUCAUCGGCGAGAAGGUUGUCAACGGUAAGUCAAUGUAUCUGGCGAAGUGGGCUGACCAUCCUGCCGCAGAUGCAACCUGGGGUCCUGUGGAGGUCUUCGGCGCUCAGAAAAUGGCGGAUUGGCAGGCUGAGAAGUCUCUGCUCGAGGACACUGAGCUUGGUGUCGACAUUGACGAGGCUCUAGAGCUCGUGGAUCUUGUCGAGGCAGGGCUGCUCGAUGAUAGCAUUCUGGAGGCUGGGAACACGAUGGCGAGUUAG